GAUGGAGCAGCGGCAGGAUGGAGUACGUGACGUCUCCGCUCUCUACUCACGACAUUCCUGGCACCCCUCAUUCCGUUCACAUCCUGCUGGAAGGUUACUGCAGGGACGUGGGUGCCGAUCGUUUCCAGGCGGAUGGCUCUGUCACCCUCAUCCACGGCCCUCUGACCGUACUGGUGGACACUGCCGGCCCUUGGUCCCGGGAUUUCAUCCUUGAUUCCUUGAGGAGCCGCAGGGUCUCCCCAGAGGACGUGACGCAUGUGAUUUGCACGCACGGACACUCCGAUCACGCGGGCAACCUGAAUCUGUUCUGCAACGCUGAGAUCCUGGUGUCUUAUGAUCUGUGGCGUGACGGGUCCUAUGUGUCCCACAACUUUCGGGGUGGAGAACCCUACUUCUUACCUGGGGGAGAAGGCUUGAAGGUCAUUCCAACCCCAGGUCACACAGGAAGUGACAUCACUCUCCUGGUCCCUGGGACAACGCUUGGCAUGGUGGCGGUUGCCGGGGACGUUUUUGAAAGAGAAGGCGAUGAGGACAGUUGGAGGGAACUUAGCGAAAACCCAGAAAUUCAGGAGAAGAGUCGAAGCACCGUUUUGAGGUUGGCAGAUGUUAUUGUGCCAGGACAUGGUCCUCCGUUCAGGGUCAUCCGCGCUGGCCAGGAACCUGAGACAUCGUGAACAUCAUCAGUCUGUGUGGGAUUAGAAUUGCUUUCAGUGAAGUUCCUUUAAUCCAGAAGAAGGUGCAGAUCGAGGGUCACCGAGGUUCUCUGCCCUUAUCAUAAGGUUUUAUCUGCUUUUUUUUUUUUUUUUUUUUUUUUUUUUAUAUAACUAUCCAAUAAUCUAGAAUAUUUCAUACCCUGGCAUCUUUCAGGUCCCACACAUGCUGGAUAAAAGGAAUUUUACUGUAUUGUACAACCUCUGCGCUACAUAGUCACAUUUUAUGUAGUGGUUAAGACCCAAAAAUGGCCACCUAGUUGUGUGGAGAUACAGCUCCUGAUCUCAUAUUAUUACAAAACUGGUGUGAAACCUGUCAAUGUGCCGAGAACCAGUGACAUCAUCGAGGUGCUAACAACACUGGACCCUUAAAGGACAUCUGUCAGCAGAUGUGUCCCUCUGACACCGGCAGACCCGUCACAUGGGCACUUGGCAGCUGAAGGCAUCUGUGUUGGUCCCAUGUUCCUAUGUGCCCGCAUUGCUGAGAAAAGUAAUGUUUUAUUAUAUGCAAAUGAGCCUCUAGGAGCAAUG